AUGUGGCCGAAUAGCCUUGGGGGUACUUCCGGCUGCAGCGGGGGCGCCGGUGCCACCGAUCUCGGGGGCCUCGCCGCCUCCACCACCUCGGCCUCCGAGCUCUUCGGACCCGCGGCGUUCGGCGCGUCCGCCGCGGGGCCUUACGGACUCAAGACGAAUCCCUACGUGAGCGCGCUUGGUAUGCCGCCGAUCGAGGCGUUACAUUCAACCAUCGGCUAUCCCGGUUGUACACCUGCCGGUGAGUCCUACUACUGCAAUCCAAGAAAACAACGGCGGGAAAGGACAACAUUUACACGAGCGCAGUUAGAUGUGUUGGAAGGGCUUUUUUCAAAGACAAAAUAUCCUGAUAUCUUUAUGCGCGAAGAAGUGGCGAUGAAAAUCAAUUUACCAGAAUCAAGAGUGCAGGUGUGGUUCAAAAAUCGGAGAGCCAAAUGUCGCCAGCAGCAGAAGCAGCAGCAACAGCAGCAAGAUAAGGCGCCGAGAUCGAAGAAACCCUCGGGGAGUCCGGCUAGUAAUCCACCCCCGGGAAAAAGUCCUUCAAUUGCUACCACGCCCACGCCCGCUGCCGCGGUACCUGCUACUACACCCUUGAGUGGAGGCACCGGCGGCUCAGCGGCAAGUUCCCCGGCGCUUUUAAGGGAUUCGCCGCAGUAUAAGCCUGCGGGAAAUGCUACUAGUUUGCUGUUAGCAGCUAGCACGACUCCGCCGAGCUUAGGGGGCACGGUGUACAGCAGUGGCAGUGGUAGCAGUAGUAUCUGGAGUCCAGCAGUGACGGAGAGUGGUGGAGGAUUUCCAGGUGAUCAUCAAAGAUUAGCAUGGACGACGACCGCUUCCCAACAGCAAUGCUAUCAAAACUAUUCGUCCUACUAUACCAACAUGGAAUACCUCUCGCCCGCUUCGCAUCAAUUAAAUGUUGUGGAUAGCGGAGGUAGCGGCCUUGAUAAUUCAUGGAGCAAAACGAGAGAUGAAGGCACUUCCUCUUGGUUUUACAACAGUGCCGGAUGGGGUGAUCGAAAGUGAAUUUACGAAGAUCGAAAAAUGAAGCCUGAGAACAUAUCAUCGACAAUAGCGAAUUAUAUGGCUCGAAUCGAAAUUUAUCGUAGUCAGUGCCAAAGUGAAAAAGCUCCUACUUCCAAUAAAUAAUGAUUUAGAUUAAACAUAUCUUUAAUUUAACAAGCAAUCAAAUUGUGAUCUUUUAAAAAAAUAUU